GCUCUGCUCCAGCCACGCAGGCCCGUGCUCUCUAGAGAAAUCCCACAAGCGCGCGCCACCGCCAUCGCAAACACAGCCUUUUUACAUGCCCCGCACCCCGCCUUAGCAACCUAAACAGUAGUGCAGGAACUUUUCUAGCCCCUUCACGAUGAGCACCGCCAAUGACAAGCGUUUUGCGACCCUGGUCGAAUGGAAUAAGGCCAACGGCGGGCGGCUGAACCCUGCAGUCGAAGUCUAUAACGAUCUGAUCACUAAAGUGUCUCUUCGGGCCAAAGAGGCGGUCACCCCGGACGCGGAUGGUCACUGCGCCACAGUGAGCUGCCCCCUGUCCACUACCCUCUCCGUCCUCAACGCCUUGACCGGAAGUCCACUGUCGACAUCAACGUCUGGAGAAAAUGGAUCCCCAGCACAGUCACCGCCAGCCUUCCCGGACUACUUCCUCCAAAAUGUGCCCCCGCACGUCGUCAGCCGCUUCUUUCUGAUACAGCAGUACCUCCUUGGUCCCAAAUCACACUGGCACCCCUACAUCGCCUCCCUCCCGCAGCCAGAACACCUUGCCUCCUGGAAUCUGCCCCCGUUCUGGCCCGAGGAGGAUGCCGCAGUGCUGGCUGCGACCAACGCUGGCGUUGCGGCCAAGGAGAUGGCCGGCAUCGCGGGCCGGGAGUCCAAGCAGGGCCGACGGGCCCUGAGGGAAUCGGGCCUCGAGAACUGGCGGGAGUACAGCCCGCUGCUGUACCGCUGGGCGUACUGCAUCUUUACGAGCCGGAGCUUUCGGCCCAGUCUCGUGGUUCCCCCGGCGGUUUGGGAGUCGUUGAGGAACGAGCAUGCAAAGUACCUGGACGGGUGUGAGAUGGACGACUUUUCGAUCCUGAUGCCAUUGUUCGACAUAGCCAAUCAUGACCCGCUGGUCCAGGCUACCUGGGAUAGUGAAUCUGUCCCCGGUGAGUGUAGACUUUUGGUCAAUGGCCGGAGCGGACAGGGGUACAGACCAGGCGAGCAGAUCUUCAACAACUACGGGCUCAAGACCAACAGCGAGCUGCUAGUGGCCUAUGGCUUUGUGCUGUCCGAGUCGGAUGACCUGCAGAACGAGUAUUUUCACGUGCGGUUGCAAACCCAAGGCCCUGCGGAUGAAACCACAGGAAAAAGGCCGACCAUACCUCGCGACUUCCUCAUAUCCCUCGACCCACUAUCAAGCCCCAGGUCGGUAGUUGGCCGUGCGCGUCAGUGGAUCCACGAUAGGCAGGGGCUCAGAAAGGAUUUUGACCACUGCGAAGACGCCCUUCUUUGGGCCUUUUGCGAGGUUUAUCUGCAGGUACAGGGGCUGGACCAUGGUGCAAAAGUAGCCCGGCUCGCCAGUAUCCUCGCAGAUUCGUCCCCGGCAGAACACGAACAGUUGAUAGAGUCGCUGCGCGACUUCUUCGUCAAUAAGCUGGAGUUCGACUACGCCAAGAUAUCAGCGGGAGGCAGCGAGGCCAUGCGGACCCUGUUGGCCAAACGCCGCAACGCCAAAGAAGCCGAGGGUUCCACCAGCGGCAAUCAGGACUUGGCGAUGCGGUACCUGACGGCCGUCUUGCGGGUGAUUCAGAUCGCCAUGGUGACGCUGGAUCCGAGCAUAGAGUUUCAGUAUACUCCCGAGGAGGGAGAAGAGUAGGGAGUAUCAGGGCGAAUAGAAGGUUGGUGUCGAGGAUGGGGGUUGGAAGCAAACCUGAAACCUGCCGACAAUUCGACAUGGGAAGAAGUGUAUAAAAGAAUGUCUCGUAAGUGUACCAAACUCUUUGAGCUCCUUUCCUCAUCCCUUGAGUUGGUGAAGUAAAUCUCUUGCGUGGUCGU